AUGCUUAGUCGCCUACUUUCAGUGGCAGCGGCGGCUACAGCAGCCACACUCAUUGGGGAUGACCAUCAAGCGCUUAGUGAGGCUAGAAGUCUUACAAGCAGUGCAGGGAUGGGUGAUCUUGGUGGUGGCGGAGAAGAUGGCAGCUUUGAUGGGUUCCUCAGAGCGCUACAGAAUGGUCGCAUAGCGUCAGCAUUACGGCAAGGGAGGGAGAACGACAGUGAUAGCCCAACACAGGAAGGACCGCUCAACUUUUUCCGCAUGUUCCGCUUCGGUCCGGCUGGGAGUAAUAGCCCGACACCACUAAGCACCGGCUUAGGCGACCCGAGUGAAGCAGCCGACGCAGCAGGCUCGGAAGGGCGGAUGGUACCCAUCAUUAUAGUAGGCAUCAGGUCCAUCAAUCCAAACUCGAGCACAGGACCAGGCUCAGCAGCCGACGACCUACCACCAUUCAUUGACGCUCUAGGCAACUUCCCGAGCCCGCUACCUGCAGAGGCGCUUGGCGAACAUGCGCAUGAUAGUAUCGAUUCAAUACUGCGCCCGCCGCAGAACGGGACGUCGUUCAGACACCGCAGGCGCGCGAGUAUG